GAAGUAAGUACAGAACAACUGUUUGUAGCAAUAGUUAUUUUUGCGUUUUUCUUGUCAAGAGUUGAAAUGGACCGGUUUUCGUGGUCAAAUGGGCUUUUGGAAAUAAACGAAACUUUAGUGAUACAGCAAAGAGGUGUCAGACUAUAUGACGGUGAUGAUAAGGCAAAGUUGAAUGUCGGAGCUGCCUUGUUGAGUACCCAUCGAUUGAUCUGGAGGGAUGCAAAUAAUCAUGACUGCUGCAUGGCCAUGCCCUUGUCUCAGAUAAUUUUCUUUGAGGAACAGGCUGCUGGAAUAGGAAAGAGUGCAAAAAUAGUCAUCCAUCUGCAUCCAUCACCAGCCAACAAGGAACCAGGUCCAUACCAGAACAGCAAGUACUCCUUCAUCAAGCUGUCUUUCAAAGAACAUGGGCAGAUUGAGUUUUACAGGAGACUGUCAGAAGAGAUGACCCAAAAAAGAUGGGAGAAUACUGCAGUUUCACAGCCUAUCCCAACAGGAACUGGACCUCAGGCAGGAAGGACACGCGCAGUGGGCAUUGUUGGCAUUGAGAGAAAAAUAGAGGAGAAGAGGAAAGAAACAGACAAGAACAUUUCAGAGGCCUUUGAGGAUCUCAGUAAGCUGAUGGUGAAGGCUAAAGAAAUGGUGGAACUGUCCAGAUCUAUUGCCAACAAGAUCAAAGACAAACAGGGGGAUAUAACAGAAGAUGAGACGAUUCGCUUUAAAUCUUACCUCCUGAGCAUGGGCAUUGCUAACCCUGUUACUAGGGAAACACAUGGAUCGGGUACACAUUAUCAUAUGCAGUUGGCUAAACAGCUAGGUGGUAUGCUACAGGCUCCUCUUGAGGAGCGAGGAGGUAUGAUGGCUCUUACAGAGGUGUAUUGUCUCGUCAAUCGUGCCAGAGGGUUGGAGCUUUUAUCUCCUGAAGAUUUAUUAAACGCAUGCAAAAUGUUUGAGUCCUUGAAACUCCCCCUGAGGCUGCGUGUGUUUGACAGCGGUGUGAUGGUGGUCCAGUUGCAGUCUCACAGUGAGGAGGAAAUGAUAGCCUCUGCUUUGGACAAUGUGACAGAAAAAGGCUCCCUCACAGCAGAGGAGUUUGCUAAGCUCUUAGGUCUUUCUGUUCUUCUGUCUAAGGAGCGGUUGUUGCUUGCAGAGAAGAUGGGCCACCUUUGUAGGGAUGACUCUGUUGAAGGGUUAAGAUUUUACCCUAACUGUUUUUGAUCUACUAAAACAUUAGGGUAUCUCUCUCCACAGUUAUAGGAAACAUAAAUACAUGUUGAUACUAAAGUCGGCCUGGUGAUGACAUUUGGUUGUUAUUUUCUAUAUUUUGAUAACCUAAGCAUUGGGGCAAGUUCUCUAAAAUUAUUGCAAAUGAGGAAAAUAUAUUCUACAUUACUCUACUUGGUAAGAGGCUCAUUGAGGUGUAAUGCAAAGUGGGGUUGGUGACAUUUACUUACAGCUCUGUCUGCUCAUUUGAUGUAUGUUUUCCUUUUUCCUGGUGAUCCAGGCCUAUUUAAAGCUUGCACGGUGUUAGGAAAGGCCCACAGGCUCUAGUAUUUGGAUCCUUUGUUUCAAAGUAAACAAAGAAUUUCUACAAUACAUGCAAACUGGGUUGCAAACUUUUUCUGUUUUCUUUAGUGUUGAGGAAUUUGCAAACAUGUCUACAUGUGCAGCAUUUCAGCAAAUCAUGUUAAUUCAAAUGUUUUUGCAAUUUUUUUUUUUGUUUUUUCUCUACUGUCUGUCA